AUGUCUUUUGGCCUCGCAACUUCCGGCUCAAGGGUGGCUGCCCGCCAGCUCCUCACAGCUUCGAGAGCCUUUUCGACUUCGGCUGCUACUCUCGAACAAGUCCCUCCAGAGUCUCCAUCAUACAUCCGUUUGCCUACACCACCCCAGUCCGACGAAAAGAAGCUUCCUCGCGUCAGAGGUCAUCUUCCAGUGCCCCGCGAGGUCUUCCCCCGCGUUGGGGGCGAAAGCAAGGCUGGGCUUGACUAUCUCAUUAAGACCGCUCCACGACCAUCUGACUAUCGGAAGCCCAUAAACGAUAGUCAAAAAUGGAGGAAAACUAUGGCAAAAACUCGUCGAAUGAAUCUUGGCGAUGGUCUAAAAGACCUUUGGCAGCGACGAAACUCCCGCAUAAAGUUGCACAACGAGCGUGUAAGCCACAAGUUCGAGAAGAACCACGAGGCUGUCAAGGCACCCGAACGAGCGGACGACGUCCUCACCCGGAGCACAGUGUUAAAAGGUGUGCUAGAUACCAAAACGAGUGUUGAUCCUGGGCGUUUCGAACGUGCAGAAAGGAGCCGUGCCAAUAAUGAACAAAAUAUGUCAGCAAAAUUCGAGGCUCGCCGAGAUGCGUUGAUGGAGCUCUACAUAAAUGCAUCCAAGUUCAUAGUUAGCGAGAGUGAGCUCAAGGCUGAGAUUGACACAAUUUUCGCCGAGGACUUCUUCCACAAGCAAGGAUUCGAUGUUGGUCGAUAUGGCUCCGCCGAAAACACAUGGGACGUAUGGGGCAAGCCAACCUCAAUCAACGACAUGUUGGAAACCACGACUGGUGUGUCUACGAAGAUUAUGGACUUUUAUGAAACCGAGUAUGAUCGCUCCGUGAAGCGACAGAAGAGAAUUGCCGAGGAGUUUACUGGUGGCAAGAUGGAGUAA